UAUAAGUUUUGGUGCCCUGUUAUCACUCGUCAUACUCUUGUUUAUUUACUGCAUUCCUAUCAUAAAAUAUUCCACAAUGUAGCACUAGUGAUUUGUGAAUAAAACUCCAUAACGAUGUUGAUAAUGCGUAAAGUACAUAAAGCAUUGUGGUAGGACACUUGCACAGGGAGUCAACUUGAUUAUUUGCUCCAUUUCUGCUGUAACAUAUUCAACAGACAACGAAACAACUGUCCUCGAAAGUAAUUUGGACGUUGGGAGAGCAAUUUUGCUCCCAUCCAAAUUGCCCCCGGAGGGACGGUGGGAGCGAUCUGGCACGACAACGGCAUACGGUACACGCAUCAGCUGACCGGCAGGUGUGGAGGUCUGGAGGGAGGGCCGCGCUGACAUGUCCAGCUCCCCAUCCUCCCGUAGCUCCUCUUCGUUCACCACUGCUCUCCCAUCCACGAGCAUCUCACCAUUGAAGCUUAAGACCCUCUAGCAUCCUUGGGCGCAACCUGAAGCUAGUGGUCAGAUCCCCUGCGUGGUCGUCUUCCUUCAUUUCCUGGUGGCACGGGUUUCUUCACGUCUCAUGACCUCCAGACCCGGCGACAUGGGCUGGAGCAUGGGGUGGGCAUUUGCUCGACUCACCUUCCUCCCAACGCUGGCCUUCAAUGUGGCCAUGCGAAGGGUGUCGGCGAGGCAGUGGUACAAUCGAGUGGAUGACCGCCUGAUCCUGGGUGCACUGCCCUUCCGAGGCAUGACCAAAGAGUUAGUGGAAGUGGAAGGAGUGAAAGGUGUGGUGUCCAUGAAUGAGGACUAUGAACUCAUGUGGCUAGCCAAUGCCAAGAAGGAGUGGGAGAAUGUUGGAGUAAAGUUCCUACAGCUGAGCACAACAGACAUUUUUGAAGCACCCAGCCAGGAGAAGCUGCAGCGUGGGGUGGAGUUCAUCCAGGAGAUGGAGGGCAGCAGUGAGGGUGGAUCAGUGUAUGUGCACUGCAAGGCUGGACGCACUAGAAGUGCCACACUGGUUGCAUGCUACCUCAUGAGUAAAUACAAGUGGAGUCCUGAGAAGGCACUGGAACACAUAGUAGCAGCAAGGCCUCAUGUAUGGCUGGGGCCACGUCAACACCAGGCCUUGGCUACCUUCUAUGACACCAUGGUACAGAGCUGACAACCAUCUCCCACCACUGCUCAGUGAUAGGAAUGGUGACACUCUCCUCCAUUAGUCACAGUGUGGUCUUCAGGCCAAUCUUUUUUCACACCCCUCAGGGAUGGCCCUCAGCCAGGCUGUGAGUAUUAGGUGUGUCUGAAGCAGAGAAAGGUCAUGAGGCAUUCUGUGUUUUCAAAGCAGCUCUCUUAAUUUAUCUUUUAAAUUCUUAUAUUGGUAUGUGUCGUGUUGCUCAAUACACUAUCUAUUUACUAUAGAAAUAGUGCUCUCUCUCUCUCUCUCUCUCUCUCUCUCUCUCUCUCUCUCUCUCUCUCUCUCUCUCUCUCUCU